AGAUUCUGGCUCGCGGAGGCUCCACCAGCCUGGCCUCGGGGCCGGCUUCGGCGGGGCAGGGGCCAUGUUGCCCAGAAGCCCCGCAAGGGGCUCCGCGGAUGGCGCGGAGGAUCCGCGGUCGGAGCGCACGUUGGAUAAGGCAACCGACGCUGGCGUCGACGGCGGCCACUGCUGCCUCGCCAUCGGGAGCAACCUCCUGUACGGCAGGCGCCGUGGUGUCUUCGAGGAGGUGAUAGACCUGGAGGGCGCCACGGUGACCACCUCGGGGGCCGGCGUGCGGGUGGAGCCCAGUGGGCAAGCAGGCACCAUCACCAUCCAGCUCGGCAGCCCCGACGAGGCCGCUUCCUGGGCCGCCCGCCUUCAGGCGGCGGCCGCUGCUGCCGCAUCGGCGCCGCACUCGCGGCAGACCACCCCGUCGCAGAGCGGCGCUGGGGGGCCCAGCGCGUCGAGCAUCCGGCUGGCUCAGCUGCGCUGCCGCGCGGCGAUGGCCGAGAAGCAGGCCGAGGAGACGUCGGCAGAGGCUCGCGCCCGCCUCGCCGCCGCGGAGAGUGCGGCGAGCCAGGCAGCCGCCGCGCGCGAGCAGUGCGCGGCAGCCGAGCACCGCGCCACGGAGGCGCUGGCACGGGAGCGCGCUGCCCGGCUGGAGGUGGAGGCGCAGACCGCGGAGCUGCUCUCGCGCGCGGCGCGCAUCCGCCAGCUCGAGGCCUCCCUCGAGGCCCGGAACCUGCGCAUCAAGGAGCUUGAAGCUGAGCGGACCAAGCCGGCGGGGGUGGAAUCCGCCCAGGCCCCGAUCGCUUGACCAAGCCUAUUUUUGCUUCUUCCCGUCCGCCUUAUUGUUCUUGCCCCCCAUCGUCAUCUCCGUCUUGCUCGUCCUCGUCCUCAUCCUUCUAGUGCGUCCUCACCCUUCUCGCCCUUCUCCGCUUCCUCCUCCGGGUGGCUGUUGCAGUUGAGCCGUAAAGCGACAGUGUUGGCACGCCGCUCCUCACCAUCUCCCCCGAGCUUGUGCGGCCCG